GGGCAGAUCGUCUCUUGGAAAUCGCGGGAAACGCUUCUUAAUCCACGAGAUCGUCAAUUAUCCCAAAGUUUCCCAGAAUUUUAACAUAAAGUUGGACCCGAAAUUUCCAAAAACACAAAAUCCGUGCGAAAUUCGGCGGUUGUCUCAAAUAUAACCUAACUUUUCCGGGGAGUUUUGGGUCCGCGAGUGUAAAAUAGUAAAUAACCUCUUGAGUGAAUAACCGUCGUUACGAUUAUCGCGUCCUGACUCCUGGAGAGUGUAGUUAUCGAGUCCAACCUGAAGACGAUGUGAUGUGGGUGUGAGAAAAAAAUCCGAAUUAAAAAAGUGCAGAUAUGGAAACUUAAGUGUGUUACUUAAGUUUUGAUUGUUGAUUUGGAGCAAUGAACUCACUUCCGACGCCUGAGAGCUCCCCGGCUGGACAAUCUGGAAAAUCGGAUGGCAGAAAAUCGAAAAAUGCAGAAUCCGAGAAGAAGGCCCCGAAAAAAGUGAGGCAGAGGGACACCAGGACUUCCAGGUCAUUGCCGGGACUCAAUCGGAGUGCUAAAAUUGCAAAUACGAUAAGGCCCAAAUCGCUUUUUCCGAAGGUUGCCUUGAUCAUUUCCCCAAAGAGCUCAAAAUCUCCGAAAGCUUCAAAAUCACCGAAAAUCACAAAAUCUCCGAAAAUCACAAAAUCUCCGAAACCUCUGCCUAAAAAAUCACAAAAAGUUCCCAAAACACCCAAGACGCCAAAGACUCCAAUAAAUAAUGAAGCCACAACUCCGAAUCGACUUUCGUCAACUAGAAGAGAAAUCGAAAUCGAGAAGGAAAAAGAAGAGAAAAAGGAAGUAGUAACAUCCCCUUUGAAAAAACUUAAAUUAAAUAGCGAAGCAACACCCGUCGAAGUAACUAAAAAGGAAAAUAAAUUAAAGUCUCCGACUAAAAAAAUGAAAUUAAACGGAGAAGCAACACCCCUCGAAGAAACUAAAAAGGAUAGUAAAGUGAAGUCUCUGACUAAAAAAAUUAAAUUAAAUGGAGAAGCAACGCCUGUCAAUGAAACUAGAAAGGAUAACAAUAAAGUAAAGUCUCCCGCUAAAAAAAUCAAAUUAAAUGGAGAAGCAACACCUGUUGUUAAUGAAAUUAGGAAGGAACCAAUUACUAGAAGUUCGUCUCCCUCGAAAAAAAUUAAAUUAAAUGGAAAACUACCCGUGGAAGAAACCAAGAAGGAAGCUGAACAUCCUCCAGAGAAACUCGGAAUUGAAUGGAAACAUGGUCUCAAAUAUUCCCUUGGACAACUUGCUUGGGCCCGCGUUGGAAAUUUUCCCUACUGGCCUUGUGUGGUUACACUUGAGCCCGAAUCGAUGCUUUUCUCGAAAAGUCAAGUUCGUGGACAUGUCUUCAUGAAUUUGAUCCAUGUUCAGUAUUUCGGAGACAACGAACGGCACAGUUGGGUCUCAGAAUUUAAUAUCCUGCCCUUUAGUGGUGCCGACGACUUUGAGAAACGCGCUUCCAAGUUUUUGGAAUUAGUUCGCGUCGGCCGCAGGAAAUGCGACACAAAAUGCAAAAAUGCAUUUAUAGUUUCUGGAACCCAUCGUGCCAAAUGGGAAAUUGCGGUCUCGGAAGCAACGGAAAUUUUUGGAAUAAGCAACGAGGACAGAGCGUCUAUGUUUGCGCCAGCACCUUCGAUUUUGAAGAACAAAACAACUCCAAGUUCCUCGAAAAAGAAGAAACGAAAACUCUCUGGAGGCUCUGACAUUGAAGUUCCGGCGAAGAGAUUCAAGAAUGCAGUACCAGGCAAAUUACAAGGCACAAAAGACGAUCCGAAAUUGCGGAAAAGCCACUCGAAAUCCCGUAAGAGCAAGGACUCGAAAAGUAAUUUGAACCCAAGUAAAAAAAAUUCGAAAAUGAAUAAAAGCACCGGCGACUUGAGCAAAUUGAAUGAGAGGGUGGGCAAAUUGAACGGGAAAUUUAGCAAGAGUACCGGUAAUUUGAGCAAACUUUUUGAGCGAACGAGAAUCAAUGGUAAGUUGGGCAAGGAUUCGGAAAAGUCGCACAAAGUGAACGGGAAAUUGCACAAGUCGUUGAGAACGUGUAAAGUCGAGAUUUAUGAUAGUCUCGCUCAAACUCCGCCAACGCCGCCCUCGAGUCUUCUCAGCAAUUCUUGGGACGAGGAGCGAAAGAAUUCAACUUUCGAUAUUUUAAUGGCACUCCAUCAGCCUGGAAUCGAGGACGAAAUAAAGAAGGAGAGAUGGUCGGACUCGUUGCAGGAGAAUGGAGAAGAUUUUAGCAGUCGUUCAAUCUGCUCGGACCUGGAUGACGACUCCUCGGAGGACUUUGAGCCAAGAAAUUUGCGAAAAUUCGGGAAGAAGGGAAAGAGCAAAAGUCUGGCGAAGGAGGGGGGAUCAAGUGGAAAAGUGAAAAUUGGAUCGAGGCCGUUGAAUUUGUUCAAGGGAAUUAAGCAGGAGAGGGUUUGUCAGAUUUGUGAACAGACUGGGAAACUUGUCAGGUGUAAGGGACCCUGUUUCUCUUACUAUCAUUUGUCGUGUGUGAAACCUGGCGAGAGUCCGGACAACAGUGAAGUCGAGGACAACAAUUUGGAGGACGAGCUCUUCCAGGAUUUGAAGGAAAUCAGGACCAAGAUUGCGGAGAACGAGAGCUUCAGUGAAAAACCGGAAGCAGUCAUUAAAGUGGAAGAACCAGCAGAAGAGGAAACCUUCAAAUGCAUAGAUUGCCUUUCCGGUGUCGCUCCUGCUUGUUUUAUAUGCAAUGACCGGGAAAUUGAAAGAGAACGAUGUUCAGCAGUCGCUUGCGGAAGAUAUUAUCAUCCUGCAUGUCUUAAAACUUGGCCACAGUCUCAUUGGCAAGGAGGUCGAUUAACAUGUCCUUAUCACAUGUGCCACACUUGCAAUUCCGACAAUCCACAAAACGGUCACGUGGGAAAAACGAACGAAAAAUUGGCCCGCUGUGUGCGCUGUCCUUCCUCCUAUCAUGCCUCCACUUCCUGUUUACCUGCCGGCUCGGAAAUUAUCACGGGAAAUCAAAUUAUCUGCCCGAAACAUUACAAGUGUACCCAGCCACCUUUGAACGCCACCUGGUGUUUUCUCUGCACGAAAGGAGGAAGUCUCAUUUGCUGCGACACUUGUCCCACCUCUUUCCAUCCGGAAUGUUUAGGAAUAAAAGCGCCGGAUGGUGCCUAUAUUUGCGAGGAUUGCGAAACGGGACGUUUGCCGCUGUAUGGGGAAGUCGUGUGGGUAAAAUUGGGGAGUUAUCGUUGGUGGCCCUCGAGAAUUUGUUUGCCCUACGAAAUUCCGCACAAUGUCGAGGCAUUGAAUCACCGAGUGGGAGAAUUUUGUGUGAUGUUUUUGGGAACGAGAAAUUACUACUGGGUGCACAGGGGACGGGCCUUUUUGUAUCAAGAAGGUGACGCUUGCACGAAGCCCUCGGGAAAGAAAAAGGGUAUGGACGAGGCCUUUAAAAAGGCGCUGGAUGAGGCGAGCGAGUUUCACCAGCUGCUCAAGAAGCAGAGAGCGGCUGCCAAGGACCAGGAACGGGGAUUGAAGCCGCCACCUUAUGUCAAACUCAAGGUGAACAAGCCCGUGGGAACUGUGAAACCAAUCGAGGUGGAGAGCAUCGUCGCCUGUGUUUGUUCGCCAAACAAGGACAAUCCCUGUGCGCCCGACACAGACUGCUUAAAUCGAAUGCUCUGCGUCGAGUGCAGUCCCGACAUUUGUCCAGCCGGCUCCAAGUGCCAGAAUCAAGCCUUCGUUCAGCGACUUUAUCCAGCGAUGGAAGCCUUUCACACCGACGGAAAAGGCUGGGGCCUCCGGAGUCUAGAAUCGAUUAAAGGAGGACAAUUUGUGAUCGAGUAUGUGGGCGAAGUCAUUGACGAGGCUGAAUAUAAGCGAAGGCUCCAUCGGAAGAAGGAGCUCAAGAAUGAAAAUUAUUAUUUCUUGACGAUUGACACUGGCAGAAUGAUCGAUGCGGAACCCAAGGGAAAUCUCAGUCGAUUUAUGAAUCACUCUUGUCAGCCGAAUUGUGAGACGCAGAAAUGGACCGUAAAUGGCGACACGAGGAUUGGACUCUUUGCCGUGAGAGACAUUGAAUCCGGCGAAGAAUUGACUUUUAAUUACAAUUUGGCCUGUGAUGGAGAAAAGCGAAAACCUUGCUUGUGCGGGGCACCAAACUGCAGUGGUUUCAUCGGCUUGAAAGUGCAAAAGCAACAAAUUAGUGCAAUCCAGGAGAGGAAGCUUGAGAAAACGGAGAAGCAGAAGCGACAGAAAAAAGCGAGGAAGGUGAUUUGUUGGAGUUGUCGAAAGGAAGUAGCGGGCGAGGUACCAGUAAAAUGUGAUCAAAAAUCGUGUUCAAAAAAAUACCACAAAGCCUGUGCGGUUCUGAAAAAUUCCGAGACAAAAUUCAGCUGUCCUUGGCAUCACUGCUCUCAGUGUGGACGCAAAACUACGAGUCAUUGUUACAUCUGCCAACUAGCCUACUGCCAAGUCCACCUGAAUAAAUACCUGGCCGAAUCGAAACGAGGUCUGAUCUGCAAAACCCAUCAGAAUGGCCUGCCCGUCGCGCGUUCGCCAGUCAGAGAUGUGAAAGACAUCAAAGAAAAAUUGGAGAAGCUAGAACCGGAUUUUGAAAAGCAAUCGUUCUCUCCAUUUGGAAGCUCGAGCCCAAUUUUGUCAAGAAAGUCUCUGAUUAAAAAAGAGGACCAAUCUUCGAGAGUCUCGAUAGUGGAGGUUCAACUUAGCAGUGAAGAUAAUGACGAGUGUCUCACCGAGGAUACAGACGAUCCCGAGGAUUCCGCUAAAUUAAAGGAAAAAAGCCCAAGAAGAAGAUCGUCUCGACGGGGCAAGCGAAGACUAGAAGAAUUAAACGCCCUCAACUCGGAGCAAUUAUUAGCCAUUAUUGGUGGAGGCGUUUAGCCAAUCAAUUUUCUAACUAUCGAAUUAUUUUAACCUAGUUUACUAUCAAUUAAGUUAUCAGGUUCAUAUUUUAAAACUCGAGUUUUUUUUUUCUUUUUUCAUAUCCAGUUUCUUCUCAUUGUUUUUUUUUUGUUUUUUUUUUUUUUGUUUUUUUCACAAAUUUUUAAUCUCCUGCUGCCAAGAUCUGUACUUUCUUUUCUUAUUAUGUUUUUGUGUUUCUAGUUGAAAAUUGUUGUUGCAUCUUAUAUUUAAUUUAAACUAAUAGUUUGAAAUUACAAUUAUUAUUGAAGUCAGGAUUUCAACUGUAGUAUAGCCAAAGUAUUUUCCUCGACGGAAAUGAAAUGAAAAGAAAAUUUGUAAAGUUGCUUGAUUUCUACGAAACGUACUAAAAGUGUAAAAAUAAAGGGAAAAACAAACAAACAAACAAGGAAAAAAUAUCAACAACAACAACAAUUAAUACUGCCUUUUGGAAAAUGUUAGUAUAUUUGAUCGAGAAAUUGUGGUUCGAGUGUUUAUUUAAGGAAUGUGUCCUUGUAGAAAAUUUUGUGGUGUUUGGCCGACGAGGUGUUUCAUGUAAUGACACUAAUGACGAGUGAAGCAUAAUAAAUUAUUGAAUUUCA